GUUUUGGCGCCAAAUCCGAGUCCCGCCCCCCCGCUCGUUCCGCGCCGCUGCCGCCCCUCACUGAUCCCCGGCCGCCCUCGCUCGCUGCCUGCCCCGCUCCGCCGCAGCCAUGAUCGGGCAGAGGACGCUGCACUCCUUCUUCAGCCCCGCGCCGGCCAAGAAGCGCGGGCGCUCCCCGGAGCCGGGCGGCGAUUCUGAGGUGAGCGCCGCCAAGAAGGCGAAGGAAGCCGGCGGUAACCCGAGCCAAGCGCUGAGCGCGGAGCAGCAGGAGCGCAUCCGCAGGAACAAGGAGGCGGCGCGGCAGCUGCUGGCGGAGCGGAACGUGCCCCCGGGCUUCGGCGACAGCUGGCGGCGGCAGCUGGCCGGCGAGUUCUCCAAGCCCUACUUCGUGGAGCUGAUGGCGUUCGUGGCCGAGGAGAGGAAGCGCUACACGGUGUAUCCGCCCCCCGAGCAGGUCUUCACCUGGACGCAGAUGUGCGACAUCUGGGAUGUAAAGGUUGUUAUUUUGGGACAAGAUCCAUACCAUGGACCCAAGCAAGCUCAUGGGCUCUGCUUCAGUGUCCAGAAACCUGUUCCACCUCCCCCCAGCUUGGAGAAUAUUUACAAGGAGCUGUCUGAGGACAUUGAGGGCUUCACCCACCCUGGCCAUGGGGACCUGACGGGCUGGGCCAAGCAAGGGGUGCUGCUGCUGAACGCGGUGCUGACGGUUCGGGCUCACCAGGCCACGUCCCACAAGGAGAGGGGCUGGGAGCAGUUCACAGAUGCUGUGGUGUCGUGGCUCAACAAGAACCUGCACGGGCUCGUCUUCAUGCUCUGGGGAGCCUAUGCCCAGAGGAAAGGCAGCUCCAUCGACAGGAAGCGUCACCACGUCCUGCAGACGGUUCAUCCCUCACCCCUCUCUGUCAACAGAGGGUUCUUUGGCUGCCGGCACUUCUCCAAGACCAAUGAAUUCCUCAAGAAAUCUGGGAAGAAGCCCAUUGACUGGAAAGCACUCUGA